UCCUUCUCAUCGGCUCUCUAAGAUCAUAGAAAUGGCGGAUGUGGAGUACAGAUGUUUCGUCGGUGGCUUGGCAUGGGCCUCCACCGAAGACACCCUCAAUGACGCCUUCGCCAAGUAUGGGAUCGUGGAAACGAAGAUCAUCAAUGAUCACGAUACGGGAAGAUCUAGAGGAUUUGGAUUCGUCACCUUCAAGGACGAGGGCUCCAUGAGGCAAGCGAUUGAAGAGAUGAACGGCAGUGACCUUGACGGACGUAACAUAACCGUCAACGAGGCCCAAUCGCGCAGCGGAGGUGGCGGAGGGGGUGGAGGUUACGGCGGUCGCCGCGAGGGAGGUGGUGGAGGCUAUGGUGGUGGUGGCGGAUAUGGCGGAGGUCGCCGUGAGGGAGGUGGCGGAGGAGGCUAUGGUGGCGGCGGCGGUGGAUAUGGUGGUGGCCGCCGUGAGGGAGGCGGAGGAGGCUAUGGAGGUGGCCGUGAUAGAGGCUAUGGAAACGGCGGCGGCGGCUAUUCCAGCAGGGGUGGCGGUGAUGACGGAAACUGGAGGAAUUGAGCUUUUGUCCAAUUUCAUCCAUGGUCAUUGUUUUAACGUUCCUCCGUUUGGUCUGUUAGGCGGUAGUGCUCUGAUGUUAAAGGGGUAUACUGUAAUCCGUCUUGGUGUUUGAGAUUCUGUUACUGUUCUGUUUGAUUUCGAUGAUGUGUGGGGUCUGUUUGUUACCGAGUUCUUGAUGAAUGGGAAAAUGGAUGGUUUGCAUGUUCAA